UGGAAAUCUAGCCAGCCAUUGUCUCCAUUAUCCAAGCAGCAUUGGAGUUACAGUUAUGGCAUCACACCACUACCAUUGAUCAAAACGGCUAUCACCGCAGAGAAAUUGUUUGAGAAGGGUGUCAUGGAGCAGUCACCACAGUCAUUAUCUGUCUUCCUUAAUAGUUUUUCUUCAAAGCCCGAUGGUAGGAUUGAGGGCAGUCACUCUUUCCCUAGUGACAUGGUGCUCCCUUACAUCUCACAAAUGCUCAUGGAGGAUGACAUUGACGAUACACUCUCUGAUCACCCUGCGCUACUCCAGGGGAGGCCAGCAAGGAUUUGUUGCAAGAUGGCGGUGGUGAUGAAAGGACACUCAACCUGGCUUUAUCCAAGGGUACACAUGCAGUGGGGCGUUCUUGGAGGGCAUGAAAGAGGCCCUUAUGCUCUUGCCCAGAGCCAAUGGUUUCGGAAGGGGUGAACUGGUGAAUCAAAUGGUCAGGGAAAGCAGCAACCAUAAUAGGGCCAAGAAGAGGUAUGCUAGCAAUGACCAUCUAGAGGAGGUGACAAGGACCAGCAAAUCUAUGAUGAUGAUCAAGGAGCCUGAGGAUAUUUGUGGUCAUGAGAUGUGGGAUGAUAUUAUGUCACAUGGCUAUGAGACAUACAUCAUCAGAGGCAUGGAGAAGCCGCGCAUUGCCAUGGCCAAUGAGGUGGAGAAGAACAGCAGGAAGGAUAGUAGAAAGGCGGUCGUGAAUGUGGUGGACAUACACACAAUCUUGAUCCUUUGUGCGCAGGCGGUGGCAGCAAACGAUCACAUGAGAGCGGGUGAGCUACUGAAGCAGAUCAAGCAACAUGCAUCAGAUACAGGGGAUGUCACACAGCGGCUAGCUCAAUGUUUUGCCAAGGGGCUAGAGGCACGGCUAGUAGGCAUGGGGAGCAAGGUUUGGCAGCUGCUCAUGGCAGAGCGCCUCUCAAUUGUAGAGUUCCUCAAGGCACACAACCUCUACAUGGCAGACUGCAGCUUCAACAAGGUGGUGGUCCUUUUUUCCACAAUGACCAUCUUGCAGGCCAUGGUGGGUAAGAGAAGACUACAUACUGUUGACUAUGGCAUGCGUUAUGGGAAGGAGGGAAGGUGGACCGCCGAAGGUGAAGAUCACCGCCAUAGGCUACCCGCAUCUCAGGCCAUGUCCAGCAGAGCAGAUUGAGGAGACCGGGCGCCGUCUCAGCAAGUGUGCCCAUGAGUUUGGUGUGCCAUUCAAUUUCCAUGCCAUUAGGAAGAAGUGGGAGGAAGUUUGCAUUGAGGACUUGGACACAGAUGCGGAAGAUGUGCUCAUCGUGAAUACCACUUUAGUUUCAACACCUUGAUGGACGAGAGCCUAUUCUUUGAUGACCCAAGCCCCAAGGAUACCGUCCUGCAGAACAUCAGGAAGAUGAGGCCAGAUGUCUUCAUCCAGAGCAUUUUGAAUAGUUCAUAUGGCUCCUCCUACUUGUCGCGAUUUCGGGAGGCAUUGUCCUAUUACACGGCAAUGUUUGACAUGUUUGAUGCAAUCAUCCCGCGGGAGAGUAAAUCGCGAGUGGUGCUGGAGCAGGACGUUUUUGGACGUUUUGCACUGAAUAUUAUCGCCUGUGAGGGCGCAGACCUGAUCGAGCGCCCUGAGAUGUAUGAACAGUGGCAGGCGAGAAACCAGAGGGCGGGCCUGAGGCAGCUGCCACUGGAACCAGCCAUUGUUAAUGUACUGAAGGACAAGGCGAGGCAGUGCCACCACAAGGACCUUUUGUUUUGUGAAGAUGGCCAACGGCUGCUGCGAGGGUGGAUGGGACGCAUCCUCUGUGCCCAGUCGGCAUGGGUAGCUGAAGAGGCCUCUUAGGAAUUAAGCUUUUGCUCUUUGGUACAGAAUCAUACCAUGGCCGUGAUUCGCUCGUCAGGGCUGGAGCUACGGCUGCCCAUGAAAAGGAAAAAGUUCGAUUUAUAUCCUCAAAUUAUCGUAAAAAUUCAAUUUUCAACCUUCAACCAGGUGCAGCAGGCCAGUGAAGAAUAUGUUCAGUUAUCGCGUCCAGGUGCACCAGAGAUGAAGAGGGUGGGUCCAAUGGUUAACGCAUGCGUCCAAAGAGAUGUCUGACGGGGACUGCCGGAUUGUGGCG